AUGGCCAGUGGAAUUACAAGCACAGAAUCGUUCAAGUCGACAGAUCCAGAAAAUGAGCAUAUCGCCAUGGCAAGGCUACGUCAGGAUGUCCCGGCAACAGAGCAGGGAAAUGGCACUCCAAAUCAUUCAGCAUUUUUGGACGCUAUUGACUUAAAGGAAAAUGAAGAGAGUUUGGCUAAUGUACAGACUCAAAGAAACUAUACUUGCUUUACAAAUGGCCAGAUUUUCCUGAUUUUUGUCAUUAUUACCUUUAUUGGGUUUUUGGGGCCCAUGUCAGGAAACAUCUACAUCCCCGCAUUACCUUUGUUUCAAACUAUUUUCCACACCUCCACUUCAACUAUAAAUGCAACAGUCUCUGUUUUUAUGGCUGUGUUUGCUGUUGGACCGCUUUUAUGGGGAGCUUACGCAGAUGUUGGCGGAAGAAAAAUACUCUAUUUACUUUCUCUAGCAUUGAUGUUUAUCGUAAACGUGCUUUUGGCCUCAUUAAGUCCCAAUAUUGUGGCCUUGUUUAUUUUAAGGAUAGCCCAGGCAUUUGCAUCAAGCUCAGUGAUAGCACUAGGUGCUGGAACAGUUACUGAUUUGAUUGUUCCUUCUGCAAGAGGUAAGGCGAUUGGCUAUUUUAUGAUGGGUCCCAACAUGGGACCAGUUAUAGCGCCAAUUGUUGCUGGUCUAAUUUUGAUCAAUACUGACCGGUGGAGAUGGCUUUUUGGAUUUUGUGCAAUAAUGAGUGGGGUUGCUCUACUCUGUGUUUGGAUAUUUCUUCCCGAAACUUUGAGAUGUAUUGUCGGAAAUGGGGACCCCAGUUGGAAAGGAGAGAGUCCGCUUGACAUUGAAGCACAAGAACUUGUGGAAUGUCAACCUGCCAAAUGGCAGUUCUGUGCAGAUAUUGGAAUUCAAAAACCUGUUUCCAAUGAGACUACCUUCAAAGAGCUAUAUGUUCGCCCACCCAGGGCUGGUCUAAAAACUUAUUGGUCUAUGAUAAAAUUCCGUCCAAUCUUCGUGACUGCUUCAUGCAACGCUUUGCUCUUUGCCAACUAUUACGCAUUCAGUGUAACGUUUUCUCAUUUCCUAGAAGUUUCUUAUCAUUAUUCAAUGUUAAAAAUAGGUGCUGCCUAUGUCUGUCCAGGUAUAACAAUGAUAUUGGGUUCUCAAUCAGGCGGGCAUCUGUCUGAUUUUUUACGCAAGCGCUGGAAAAAGAAAAACCCAGAAAAGGAUUAUCCUCUGGAGCUGCGUUUACGCCUCAAUAUUGUCGGUAUUGUAAUUAACACAGCCGGGUGUAUUGGUUAUGGUUGGGCCAUUUCUAGACAUUUUCAUGUGGCACUGGUUUUGUUUUUUUCUGCAUUGCUUGCUUUCGGUCUCACUUGGGUGAACAACACUACUAUGACGUACAUGACGGAACUUAUGGCGCAUCGGGCAUCUGCAGGCGUGGCCGUAAAUAGCAUGUUUAGGAAUAUUGCAGCGGCGAUUAGUUCUGGUAUCAUAUUUUUACUAUGUGAGGCCAUGGGUGUCGGAUGGUGUUUUACUGGACUGGGUCUUUGCAAUUUGAUCUCAAUCGCGGCUAUUACAUAUCUAGUAGGAGCAGCAGGCAAAUGGCAGAAAGCUACGCCAAGAAUUUAA